UGCCAUGGUUAUGGUGUAGGCCAGCAACUGCAGUUCUGAUUCAAGCCUUAGCCCGCAAAUGUCCAUAUGCUGCAGGUUUGGCCAUAAAAAAAGGUAGCUAAUGGCAUGUAAGUGGAUGUUCUGUGUUGAGCUUUUGGAAGAUUCUUUGCAGGAAACUUCCCCAGCAGAGGAGGAGCCACUGGACCCUCCACUUUCCUCACCCUUCCUGUCUGGAACGUACCAGGAUCAGAAUUUUUGGUCGGGAAGUAACAUCUGAAUCUGUACCUGCUGACGUCGGAACGAUGUUCUCCGUGCCCCCGAGCUGAGAUUAUCAAAUACGUACAAAAGUAGACAGAAAAAUGGAUCCCUCUGCACCUGUUCCCUAGCACGACACCUGCCCAACCACAGCCAGUCUGGCCCGAGCUGCAUGCCUACCCACCUGCUACCUGCUAAAGACAGUAGGGUUGCAGCCUCUCUUGCAUCCGAUGUCCGACCCCCUGGUGGCUGACGUUGGUCCGCGGGCUUGCUGCAGGCUUCCUUGCUGCAGCCCUAACAGAGUAAGAUGGCAUCAUUGUGGGCUCACAGCUGCCUCGUCUAGUCGCAGCAGCAUCACUCGGAAGCUCCCUGUCCCAGACUCAGCCUGUGGGAGUCCUUCAAGGGAGCUCACACACCUGCCCAGCGUGACCUGCCUUCUGUGUCGCCAUGGUGCUGGUUAUUCUACAGAAGCAUAAACUGGAAUUUCGGAGGAGACACAGCCUUAGUCCUUGGCCACAGCUCAGAACCUGGGAGACAGGGACCCAGGGCGCCCGCCCACAGCCUGGCCUCUCAGGAUGCACGUUUUCCAUGGUGAGAAGGGCACGAGAGCCCUCCUCUCUGCCAGGCAGCAGGGAGGUAGGGCGGGGCGGCGGCCGGCUGUGUUGUUGUUGAUAUUAUUGCUUCUGUCAACUGUCCCUGUCCUUCUUAGCUCAGAGAAGACACGCAGCAGCCCUGGGAACCCCAGGGCUGCAGGGGCGUCAGAGGCCUAGGAAGAGGGUGCUGGGCCAGCAGGGCCCCAGGGCCAGGGUCUGUGCCAGGUAUGGGAGGUGGGUGUGGAAAGGGGUGACGGUGAGUCAACGGGGCAGCCACACCCUGCUUUUACUUAAGGUCCCAGCAGCCAUACCCCCGCCCACCACUGCCGGUGCCACAUCCCAGCCAUGUCAGGCUUUUCCAUGCCCCACAAAACCUUGCUGGCCGACGGCAUCCGAGUCGGCACCGUGAUGAGAAUUCGUGGUGUUGUGCCCGACCAGGCUGGCAGGUUCUACGUAAACCUGCUGUGCGGCGAGGAGCCGGGCAGCGAGGCCGCCCUGCAUUUCAACCCGCGGCUGGACGAGUCCUCGGUGGUCUUCAACAGCCUGGAGCACGGAGCCUGGGGCCGAGAGGAGCGAGGCCCGGGCAUUCCCUUCCAGCGCGGGCAGCCCUUCGACGUGCUGCUCAUCACCACCGACGAAGGCUUCAAGGUGGUGGUCGGGGACCUGGAGUACCACCACUUCCGCCACCGGAUGCCGCCGACGCGCGUGCGUGCGGUGGAGGUGGGCGGCGACCUGCAGCUGGAGCUCGUGAAGAUCUUCUGAGCCCUGGCGGGGGGGGGCGGGGGGGGGCGCGUGGUGGGUGGGCCGCAGGGCUCUUGGCCGCCAAUAAAGUCUUCGUCCGUCA